AUGAGUAGUCAAGCGGAUUCCGCGGUUUUGUCAAAAGACAUGUCGGAUCUGGAAGAAGACGAAGAUUUAGAGGUGUUUAGUAAGAAAUCAUUACUGUCAGAUGGGGACCGAAUGCCCAACUCGCCUAGCUCCAUGGUCAACCAUUACCAACUUGAUGAAGAUGAUGAACAGCAGACUGGAGGCAUAAAAGACUUGUUUGUUACUGUUGACAGUCCAGAAAGUCAUGUAACUGCUAUUGAGACAUUCAUCAUGUACAGAGUUGUGACCAAGACUACAAGGAGUGAGUUUGACUCAUGUGAAUAUGAAGUGCUCCGACGCUAUCAGGACUUUGUCUGGCUACGAAGCAGACUGGAAGAAACCCAUCCGACCAUCGUUGUUCAUCCCCUCCCAGAGAAGUUUGUGAUGAAAGGCAUGGUGGAGCGCUUCAGUAAUGAUUUCAUUGAGACCAGGAAGAAAGCAUUACAUCGCUUCCUCAACAAGAUCGCCAGCCAUCCCAUCCUGUCCUUUAACCAGCACUUUAAAAUUUUCCUAACUGCUCAGGAUUUCUCAUCUCAAAAGAAGCAGGGUCCAGGCUUCCUGAGUCGAAUGGGUGACACUGUACGAGCAGUAGCCAACUCUGUGUGGGGCAUCAAGAGCCGUCCAGAAGAGUUCACACAUAUGCAGGAAUAUGUUGAUAACUUUGGCGGAAAAAUCUCAUCCAUUGACAAAGUUUCACAGAGGAUCAUCAAGGAACAGCGAGAAUAUAUGGAUGAGCUAAAACAGUAUGGACCCCUCUAUAGCCAAUGGGCAGAGGUAGAAGAAGAACUGCAUGACCCACUAAAACACGUGGCCAACUGUGUGGAGCAGUGCACCAAAGAAACUGAAAAGCAGAUUGACCAUCUCUCUGAGGUUUUGGUCCCUGCUCUUCAUGAGUAUGUGCUCUGUACUGAGGUACUAAAGACUGUGCUGAAACGGAGAGACAAUAUCCAAGCUGAGUUUGAGACCAAAAAUGAGGCUCUUACAUCCAAAAGACCAGACCAAGAAGUUCUGGAGAGAGAAGUAGAUGCGCUGGCAGAUAAAAUGGAAUUUGCGAACAAUGCGCUGAAGGGAGAUUGGAUCAACUGGCAAAACGGUACAAGAGAUGACCUCAAGUCAGCCUUUAUCUCAACUGCUGAGAAGAAUAUAGAAUGCUAUGAAAAGUGCCUUGCGGUGUGGGAAUCAUUCCUCUUGUCUCAAAAAAGGGAUCCCAUUGAACAUCAAGAUGAAGAAACCUCAUAA